AAAGAAAAGAAUGGCUUGCCGAAUAUAAGAUCCCGGCCGGGCGGCUGCUGCUUAGCAGAUGCCCCCCUCCUCUUGCCUAUAUAACAAGAAGCUUUCUUUCUUUCACAGAUGGAACAAGCAAGCUAAAGUGUGCCAUCGAAUAAAGAUCUCUCUUAGCUUAUUCUCCAACGCCCCCUGCUGACCAGCUGCUAUCUCUUGUGUGUGCCUUUAAUUUGCCAAUGGGAAAGCUGGCACUUGGUCGCCGCGGCGAGGCGUCGGAGCCGGACUUCUUCCGCGGCGUCCUCGGCGAGCUCGUCCUCACCUUCCUCUUCGUCUUCAUCCAAGUCGGCGCCGCCAUGACAAUCGACGGAAAGACCAACGCCGGAGGCAACCUAACGGCGGUGGCGCUGGGGCAGGCGCUGGCGGUGUGCGUGAUCGCGACGGCGGGCUUCCACAUCUCCGGCGGCCACGUGAACCCGGCCGUCACGCUGUCGAUGGCCGUCGGUGGCCAGAUCACCCUGUUCCGGUCGGCCCUGUACAUCGUCGCCCAGAUGCUCGGCUCCUCCACGGCCUGCGUCCUGCUCCGGUGGCUCACCGGAGGCCUGGUGGCCACUCCGGUGCACGCUCUGGCGGCAGGCGUGGGGCCCAUUCAGGGCGUGGUCGCCGAGGUCGUCUUCACGUUCAGCCUGCUGUUCGUGAUCUACGCGACCAUCCUGGACCCUCGGAAGAUUCUCCCUGGCGUCGGCCCGCUGCUCACCGGGCUCCUCGUCGGCGCCAACUCCAUCGCCGGCGCCGUCCUGUCCGGCGCGUCCAUGAACCCGGCGCGGUCGUUCGGCCCGGCGUUGGCCACGGGCGUGUGGACCCACCACUGGGUGUACUGGGUGGGGCCGCUGGCCGGCGGGCCCCUCGCCGUGGUGGUGUACGAGUGCCUCUUCAUGGCGCCCGCCGGUGCACAUCAGCUGCUUCCCGAGGAGGCGAUGGAGAAUAAUCUCACAAAAUCAAGAGAAACUACUUUUUUCAACUCCCAGCCUCUUAAUUCAAGCCAACGUACCCGAAUUCGUGCGUGCAAAACGCCGAACAAAAUCAAAUGCCGAUCUGAUCCAAAGUACACAUGGUAUAUUAUACAUAUAAUCCCUAAUCCGAUCCGUACAUUCAUCUGCAUGCGUAUCUCCGCUGCAGGGGCGAAGACCGACGCGGGCGGCGACCUGACGGCGGUGGCUCUGGGGCAGGCGCUGGUGGUGUGCGUGAUUGCGACGGCGGGCUUCCACAUCUCCGGCGGCCACGUGAACCCGGCCGUCACGCUGUCGCUGGCCGUCGGCGGCCAGAUCACCCUGUUCCGGUCGGCCCUGUACAUCGUCGCCCAGAUGCUCGGCUCCUCCACGGCCUGCAUCCUGCUCCGGUGGCUCACCGGAGGCCUGGCCACUCCGGUGCACGCGCUGGCGGCGGGCGUGGGGCCCAUCCAGGGCGUGGUCGCGGAGGCCGUCUUCACCUUCAGCCUGCUGUUCGUGAUCUACGCGACCAUCCUGGACCCCCGGAAGCUGCUCCCCGGCGCCGGCCCGCUGCUCACCGGGCUCCUCGUCGGCGCCAACUCCAUCGCCGGCGCCGUCCUGUCGGGGGCGUCCAUGAACCCGGCGCGGUCGUUCGGGCCGGCGGUGGCCACGGGCGUGUGGACCCACCACUGGGUGUACUGGGUGGGGCCGCUGGCCGGCGGGCCCCUCGCCGUGGUGGUGUACGAGUGCUUCUUCAUGGCGCCCGCCCGCACGCACCAGCUGCUGCCCCAGGAGGCGCCGUGACGUCACCACUGCCAGCUGCAUUUCAUCGGAGGGGCUUUGGUUUGAUCUGGCCCGUCGGAUUGCUCCGUCUCCUCGCUCGCUCUGUCCGUGUGUGGUUUGGGUUUCUUCUUCUUCUUCUUCCUCUCAUCCAUGCUAUGCUUGUUUUGUUUUGUUUGAGAGAGGCCGCUUCCUCCUUGUCAUGUAUUCCGUACGUGUUCCAACCAAUUGGUUGGGGAAUCAACAAGAAUGCUGCUUGCUUUCAUUUUUGCUAUUGAGAGUUAAUGUAAAAAAUUAUGA